CUCAAAAGUGUUCCGGGCCCUAUGAAGGCAAGGUGGUCGCGCUUCUGGCUUAUCUGGAUUGACAUGUCAGGAAAUCGAUCGAAGACUGUCCACAAACUCCACCAGAAGUAUGGCAGUAUUGUCAGAAUUGGUCCCCGGGAAGUGUCCUUUUCUAGUCGGCAAGCAAUGAAAGACCUUUAUGGCUCCGGAAAUAAGUUUAGGAAAGGUCCUGUGUAUGAAGCUUUUGGUCGACAGAGCUCCUUUACCAUCCUGGAUAAGUCAGUGCAUCGAUCGAGACAGAAGCGCAUUGCGCAUGUCUUUGCACCAGCGUCAAUUGCGGCUGUAGAGCCUCUGGUAAAAAAACAUACUCAAAAGCUGUUACGUGUUUUGUCUAAGCGAACUAAUCUGCCACUUGAUGUGAUGGAAUGGUUUCGAAUAUUCGCUCUCGACGUUGUUGGAUCCGUCUUCCUUGGACAGAGCUUUGGAGGACUUGAUAAAGAAGCGCCACCCGAGAUUUUGUACGAUCUGGAUGAAGUGUUUCCCUCUCUUUUAGUCGAGUGGCAAUUUGCCGCCAUUCUCAAAAUGCAGAAAUACGGAACCGAAAAGUUCAACGAGUACAUUGCACGACAUGGUCGUUCUGGUGAUCGUAUCGACCUUCUUACCAAGCUUAUCGCUGGCAGUAAGGACUUUGGGCCACUAGAAGAUGACCAAAUCAUCAAUGAGAUGACAAAUCUAAUCUUUGCUGGAACUGAUACUACUAGUAACACGUUCACAUAUAUGUUCUACGAAUUGGCUAAGCAUCCGGAGUGGCAAAAGAAGCUGCAAGCUGAACUGGGAGAAGCAGCACUUGAAGAGGUCCCAGAGUAUAAGGAUGUUGUGAAACUGCCAGUAUUGGACGCCGUCAUCCAUGAGACAUUGAGAGUUCAUCCCGCGGCACCAGCAGGGCUACAGCGACUUGCACCUGGUGCAGGAGGCGCAGUGGUUGAUGGAAUUACUAUCCCCCAGAACGGAAUCGCAUCUUGCCAAGCUUAUACAACUCAGAGAGAUCCAACGGUGUAUCCCAACCCGGAGAAGUUUGAUCCCAACAGAUGGCUUGUCGCUUCUGAAGAUCAUCUCAAUGUGAUGCACGAACACAUCCUCGUUUGGGGCAAAGGGCAGAGAGCAUGUUUGGGGAAGUACAUGGCAUACAUGGAGCUGAAGGUGGGAACGGCCGCGUUGAUGGGGAAAUUUAACGUGGAAAUCGGCAGCGCAACGACUGAUGACGAUAUGGAAAUGACGGAUCAUUUUGCCUUAGUGCCGAAAGGGAAGCGAUGCAUUUUACGUCUGAAGGAAAGAAAUUAA